UCCUCCACCACCACCACCACCCCUCAAAGUACUCGAUGUAUAGUUAAAAAAUGGGAGGGCACACUUGAACCGAGCUGCUCUAUGAAGGUAGGCUGCAGCGUGUGUUUAUUGAUGAGAUGAAAAGAAGAUGGAAGUGAGAAAUGAAACAAAGUAAAGGAACAUAUUAAAAAACUAGAGGCGCUUCGUCGGGGGAAAACGAGGGGAGCCGUGGAAACGCUGUGGCCACUUUUUGAACGUGCUUCGAAGUGCAGCACAUGAUUUGGACAGAGAGGACUGACAGCCUUGCCUAGCACCCGGCCUCCGAUCAGCCAUCUCCACCAGCAAACUGAAGCUUGACCCGCACUUCAUCACCAGCCAUCUUCGUAACAAAACGUCAUCUGACUGUGACAUCAGUUGCAAGGGGAUGACCGAGCGCAUUCAUAACAUCAAUCUUCACAACUUCAGCAAUUCUGUACUUGAGACCCUCAAUGAGCAGCGCAACCGCGGGCACUUCUGUGACGUGACCGUUCGGAUCCAUGGAAGUAUGCUUCGGGCUCACCGGUGCGUGCUGGCUGCUGGAAGCCCCUUCUUUCAGGACAAGCUGCUCUUGGGCUACAGCGACAUCGAGAUCCCCUCUGUGGUCUCAGUGCAAUCCAUCCAAAAGCUGAUUGACUUUAUGUACAGUGGGAUUCUGCGGGUGUCUCAGUCAGAGGCCCUGCAGAUCCUCACUGCUGCCAGCAUCCUGCAGAUCAAGACAGUCAUUGAUGAGUGCACCCGCAUCGUGUCCCAGAAUGUGGGCCUGGCUGGGCCUGGGGGGUUCCCUGUUAUACCAGGGGACUCUGGGCAGGAAACACCGCGUGGCACGCCGGAGUCUGGCACCUCUGGGCCCAGCAGUGACGCAGAGUCGGGUUAUAUGCAAGCAACAUCGCAGCAGAGCAUGGAUCGCGCAUACACGUCACUGUACUCCUACACUGGCCUCUCUCUGCAAAACGGCACCCGCGAGCGGCCCCUUUACAUUAAUCCCCUGUCAACGAAUUACGAUCCGAGCCUCGGCGCUCAGAAGGACCAGCAGUCCCAGGAUCCGCCCUGGAUGAACCGCAUCCAGGAGAGAUCCCAGCAGGUCGACCGCUUCAUCUCCACGGCGGAGUCCACUCACUGCCGCAAGCAGCCCCGACCGGUACGCAUACAGACAGAGGGGAUGCACAUAAAACAGGAGGCCGAGGACGAGUUCAGUUGCUACGACAAUUUGGUGGAGUGCCAAGACGACACCGACCACACCGAGGGAGUGGAGAGUGAAUCCAAGGUGGAAAGUUUUGACUCAGGGGUGAGCUCCUCCAUCAGCACUGAGCCGGAUGCCAUGGAGCAGCAGCCGUACCUGACGGGCUACACCAGAGAGGUGGGAGGGGACGGCGACGGCGCUCCGGUGCAGAUAGAGGUCACCGACUCAUCCCCCGAGCAAGUGCACGACACGGAGGACGGGGACACGUCCCACAGCACUAGUGACAGUAGCAUGAUGCAGCCCCUGCCAAACUCAGUCAUGUCCCAGUCUCUGCCAAGUGCCCCGCACUACUCACACACCAGCAACCUGAGGAUGCCGCUCACCGUGACCAGCAACUCCCAAGUGAUGGGCACUGCUGGAAGCACCUUCCUGCCCACGCUCUUUCCCACGCAGCCGGCUAGAGACACCAAGCCGUUCCUUUACCUUCCUGGCCAGCAGCAGGCCCAGUUCGUGGCAGUGCCGCCCCCUGCAAUGCCAUCAUUCCCAAACGCCAUGUCGGUACAGCAGGCGCCGGGCCAGCAGCAACAGGCUGCCGGAGGACUGGGUCAGGGGGAAAAGAAGCCCUAUGAAUGCACUCUCUGCAGUAAAACCUUUACUGCAAAACAGAACUACGUGAAACACAUGUUCGUUCACACCGGUGAGAAGCCCCAUCAGUGCAGCAUCUGCUGGCGCUCGUUCUCCCUGAAGGAUUACUUAAUCAAACACAUGGUGACACACACGGGGGUGCGCGCCUACCAGUGCAGCAUCUGCAACAAGCGCUUCACCCAGAAGAGCUCCCUCAACGUCCACAUGCGGCUGCACCGUGGUGAGAAGUCCUACGAGUGCUACAUCUGCAAGAAGAAGUUCUCACACAAGACCCUGCUGGAGCGGCACAUGGCGCUGCACAGCACAAGCAGCGCCAUGACGGGGCUGUCGGGCACCGCCGGCACCCCGGGCCCCGUCUCCAUCCCUAUGCCCAUGGCUGUCCCCGAGCCCGGAGCCGGAGUGGUGGCCCUCGCCAUGCCAGUGAGCGGAGGUGCCGGAGUCGGGGCCGGGGUUGGAACAGGAGUGGGCGUCGCUGCGGAAGCGAGCUGCCAAGAAGGGACCACCUACGUGUGCUCCGUCUGCCCUGCCAAGUUCGACCAAAUGGAGCACUUCAAUGACCACAUGCGAAUGCAUGUCUCCGAUGGAUAAGUACAAAUAGAUAAACUUCUUUCGAAACGAAUGACAAAUAAAAUGGCACUAGAUUUUCCUUUUCUUAUUUUGAGGUAUGAAGAGUAAUGAGUAUAGACACUGGCACAUUAAGUUUCCAAAAAAAAAAAGAUUUUUUUUUCUGUUAUUCUAAAAGAAAAAAGAUGGUGGCCUUAAGGCUUAGUAGUUUGAUAUUGAUCUACUGGAUGGAUCCUAACUACAGGCCUCUAAAUGUAUGCUUUCCUAAAAUACUGAUUUAUGUGUUGAACACUACCGAAAGGCCUACGAAAGAAACACAUACACACAAACACACCUUUAGUGUAGAUAUGUCCGAAUGAAUAUACAUGUGCAUCUAUGUGUGUAUUUGCAUAUGUUUGUCUGUUUGUCCAAGUGUGUGUGUGUGUGCGUGUGUGUGUGUGUGUGUGCGGGUGUGUGGGGGGUGUGCGUUUGCGUGUGCAUUGCCAUGAAACAAAUAAUGGCGGUUGUGAACCCAUACUGACCAGUUUGGAAACUAUAGAUGUCCAAGCUUACUGUGGUAUAAUUUACAACGACAAUAACAAAAAAAAUCAUCUGGGGUUGGGCUACAGAUUCCCUCUAAAAAUACUGAUGGUCACAAGAUUGCCUUCUUAUGUAAAAUAAAAAAGGAGAGUAGUUAAUUUGACACUGGGUUUUAUUUAUUCCUAUGAUAUUAAGGGAUUAUAAUGCAGCUGUUGUCAAGGUACCGAUUUUAAUCAUUUUACUGAAAUGUAACUUACUGUCAGUAGUGACAGGGACAAAUACUUCUCAUAUGUUUUGUAAUUGUUGUCCAUGCAUUUUGAUGAUUUACUAAAUUAGACUUUGUUGAUGAGACAGUAUUUGAGCAAAAAUCUGUUUCAUUUUCCUGAAGUUUGGAGUUUAACUCAUUCGCAUACACUGCCACUAAUAUCUUAAAGACUGUUAAGGCUAGUGGACCUCUUCCAUUUCUAUACAUGAGAGAAGAAGAACGACUCUUUCGCUGAUGGUUUUUUAGCCUUUCUCACUCACAGUUACGGCAGGUUGGAACAUAUGACUAAACUCUCUCCUUCAUAAUUGCUGCUCCUCAACUUGCACCUGACUGUUAUGGGAUGUAGAUUAAAAACAGGUUUCUCACUUUAACUAUUGUUGUUCUUGAAUAGCCUACAUGGUUUUAAUUUGAUUAUCAAAUUAUAAUAUUGGGGGUUCAGGCUCGUUCAGUACAAAUGUGUUAAAUGGGGGAAAAAAUUCAUUUGACUCACAUUUAAAUUGGAAAUAAAUGAUACGGUGAUGGUGGAACCCCCCACUUAGCCUGUUCAGUACCGUUGCAAAGCUCCAUCAGCAGGAGGCAGUUAAAUUACUGUAUACAUGUAUGUAUUGGCGUCUCCUGCACGAAACUCAUACUAAAACACGUAGCGCCACUGAUUGACAUGACACUGGUUGUGAUAUACCACAAGUUGCAGAUGGACUUUCUAGACAAUAGUAUACAUUCCUGAUUUUUCUGAAACCUGGACACGGCGUGUACAGAAGAGAUAUGGAAGCUAGUGUGCGCAAGUUGUCAUCCAUGCAUCACUUCACUCAAGGCUUAUUUCUUAUAUUUGAAUAGUUUUCUAUUGCUUUUUAGCCAAAAUAGGACACACACACACACACACACACACUCACACACAUGCAACUGCCUGCAACUGCAAUCUGAAGGAUCUGCUCAUUUGUUUGAGCAGACACUUCAGAAGUUGUAUCGUUAACAGAAUACCUAACUGCAUACAGUGGUCUGUAAAAUUAAAAAAAAACUAAGUGCUACUUUGCACAUUUUCUUAAAAUGCCUGUGCUUAAUAUUUAAUUAUUUUCCUUAAAUGAUUCUAUGGUUUUCUUUUAAUUCAAUUUCAAAGGAAAAAAAACUUUUUUUUUUAAUCUUGAUAAGUGGACUGCAUUAUUUUCUUGCAUAUAUGUUGCACUGCUUAAACCAAUAAGUGCACUACUGUUAACAGAGAUAUUAUAGUUUUAGAAAAGAGGAUUUUUUUUAAAUCUGACAUUUGGUUGUAAAGUUCACAUGUAAUAGAAUAGCUUUGUUUCCAUUAAUUCAUUAGGUUUUUCAGCGGUUCUUGGCUUUUGUUAUUUGCUUGCAGUUCCCUACAGUGUAUACGUAUGCCGUGUCGGUGCAAGCAUUAAUUUUAUAUUUAAUUCUGUACCGUUAUAUGUGCUCAUCUAUCGUUUAACCUUUAGAUUCAUUCUUUAAUGGCAUCAGUUCCCCAAAACAGUUGAUUCAGUUGCAUUUCUUUGGAAACAGAACACAACAUCCAAGCCAAACGACAGUAAUAAUAAACACUCCUGUCCAACUCUGUUGGUGGUGGUAAGAGUAAUAAUAACAAUAAUGAUGAUAGAAAUAAUUCUUAUUAUGAAUAAGACCUUUAUAAUGUAUGUGAGUGUGUAACAUAAGUGACGUGUGUCCUAGAACAACCUUCUGUGGGUUUAAAGGUGUUGGGAGAUGAUGGAAUGCAGCUUCUUUGAUAUUUGUCCGUCAGUUGUACACAGUUGUGUCCUUAGUGUGUAUAUGUGUAUAUGAGUGUCUGUGUGUGGUAUAUAGCCUAAUCAAAAUGUUGAUAAGUGGAAUAUCUGAACUGUAGGGCUUCCUUUGCAAUAUGCAGCGCAGGUACUAAGAGAAGCAGCUCUCCAAACCUUUUGGGCUAGUGCGGCACCUGUAAUCCAAAAUCCCGACUGCAGCCUCGGUCGAGUGCCGUUGACUUGGUCCCGCCCGCUUGAAGGACUUGUGUCAAGCGUUUUGAUGCUACGUUUUGUAUAAUCGCCACUAGACUCGCGUUCCCCGCGGAGUCGCUUUAAAUCAAAGUCGAGUGAGACUCCGUAUCGCGGGUUCCUCCUCGGCUGCGAGAGUCACAGUGAGAGGAAAAAAAACGAUAAUAUACAGAAAGAAAAAAUGUGUGAGAUUAGUCCUCAGUUGAAGUAGCACAUAACAUUUGAUUGGGCCUGUGUUUUAUGGUGUGCAUAUAAGCCUAAAUUGUACGGUUACAGUUUGUAGCUGUGGUUGCCAGGAUGGCAAUAUUGCUGCAUGCUAGUGCUAUAUUUGUCUCUACACAGCAAGUGGAGGGUAAUCUCAUGCCUUAACAGACAAUGCACUAAAUAGAAAACGUAAGCAACUGCCGAGAUCUCUUUCCAACAGUAUUGCCACGCGUGUGGCGCAUAGCUCAUGAUGUUGGUGUUCGUCGUCUGUUCAGUACCCAGUUAAACACUGCCAAACUAACAUCAUCACUUCGUCAGAGCAAAGGCAGAGACAUGAGUUGAAUUGUUUCAGUGUAACGUGUGUGUUCAGUAAUCUAGCAUUCCUAAAUUUGACAUAUUUUGUGUAAACACAUAUAUCAAAUGCACUAUUGACUGUAGCUAGAUGAGUACAACCAGCUUUGUGGUAUCAUUGGUCUAAAUAGUAGGUUAAGUAGCUCGAUGUUGGUUUUUGAAAUAUUUGAUUUCAGAAUUACACUAUCAAUUGUUUCUCUAUUUUUAUUUGUACUUUUUGUUUUGGAAUAACAAAAGUAGCCAAUCUCAACGUUAUCCGGAUGAGGGCUAAUCACUCAUCCCGUCGUCGGUUGACUUCUUGUAUCAUAGGGUAUUUGAUAGCGGAACAGGCGUGGAAGGAGAGUCAUGGCGUGUUAUAGCCCCCCCACCGUCGCAUUAGCAUCACAUGUCCAUAGUUAUAUAUUCCUUAUACUGCUUCAGCUACUUGUGGUGGUGCUUAAUUCUCUUUUCUCAGUGUUGCAAAGAGUUGGUUGAAAAUUGUUGAAAAGUUGCAACAUUAUCCAGAAAAUAAGUCCUUAUCUCAAUCGUGCUUCUUCUAGUUGUUAGUUUAAAAAAAAAAGUCUAGAAUUUAUGUUUGCAAAGUGUACACAUAUUUUCCAGAACAAAACAUAUUGAAAAGUAGAUAAUAGCCUUGAGCCUGCAGCUGUUUGUAUUGUGUUUCAAAUAUAUUACUGUUCAUGUUUUGUUUAUCUUAGCGUAGAGACACAGAGUCUACAGUACAUUGUUGUCCUUUUGCAGUAUGUUUAAUUCAUCGUUAUACUUCUUUAUUUCAGACUUCCUUCGACUUUUUUCUGGUGAUCAUAGUGGUGUUGUUUAUACAUACAUAGCUUCACGUGACUGGAAAAAGGAUAGUCAUAUUGAGUCAUAUUUCACAGUGUACUAUAUAUAUAUUCAUAUAUGUUUUGCAUUGAGAUAAAAACAAGGAAGUGGAAGAUAGUGAUGUUGAUGGUGGUGUUGAGUAAGGAACAGGUUCAUUUUAUUCUUACGCACGUGUCUGUCUUCCUGUUUGUCUCCACACAUUUUCUGUCAGAAUUCUUUUUCGUUUUAUCUUCAUUUAAGCUUGAAUAAAGUCACAAAGUUAAGAGUAGAAUACAAAAAAAAAACACAUGAAGCAUUCAGAUAAUACUUAACUGCAUUUGUUGUCCUUCUACAGAACACAUAAGAGUGAAAUAGAUAACUUCUUACAAAUGUACUAUAUAUAUUUAAGUAUCACCGUCUCCACACAGAUAAUAAAAACGUUUUUCAGAUAGUUUGAUAAAGACAUAAUUGCAGCUAUAGUAUACAGUACCUGUGGGAUAUAGGGAAUAUGCCUAUCAAGUGCCUAUCAGUACAUACAGCAACUAUACAGAAGAUUCAUAGUUUUUCUCUCCUACAUUGCACAGAUACAGUAUAUACACAAUGGUCUAUUAAAAGUAUACUAUUUAUGCUACUACUGCUGAAACCUGGUAGUUGUGAGUGCAUCCUAAGAAAACCCUUUAAAAUAACUGAAAUAUUCUAUUCAUAUACAGCGAAGGCUACAUCAGCAAGUUUAAUUUUUUUUAUCGUACAUUUAUACCGUCUGGAGGAUUUAAAGAUGUAAAGUGCAAUCACAUUUUCAUAAAUACAUAUACAAAUAGGCUUAGAUGUUAGAGUUGAAAGUUAAAUGACCUGUUUUUUUCAUUCACGUUGCUCUGUCUCAUAAAUAUUAGGCUUUUGGUUUUUUAUUUUUAGCCUUUGCCAUUUUCAAACAAGCCAUAUGCUGUACUGUACCGUACUGUACCGUACUGUACGCUGAGGGUGGAGGGCAGUGGCGCUUUGUGAGCAGCAGAGGGAGCUGCGCAUUGGCUGGAAGACGUGAACUUUAACCACCUGCCAGAAAUGUACGACAAUCCAAGUCAAACGCUCACUUAACUCUCAAUCUUGUACUGCUCUUCAGACUAUAAUUACAUCUAUAGACGUGGCCAGUAGAUACGUCCACUGGUGUUUAGUGUAAAUUAAUAAUUCACAGCUUAGAUGAAGAGGCAGGCGCUUUAGGAGCUGGUUUCAGAUUAUCUCGGUGUCCUUUGACCUUAGUGGCAGGUUCUUCCACACACCAGCCCAAUGGCCAGUUUCCCUUCAAAGUUUUAUCUUAUCCGACAGCCAUGUUGAUUAUGUACAGCUUGAAAUUGUAAAGGGCAAGCGCUGAGCAAUGAGAAAAGAAGAAAGUGGUCAUUAAACGGGAGACUAGAUUUAUAAAACUGCUACUAGGAGGCAAACAGAGUUUUGUAAUUAAAAGUUUUGGCUACGGAUAAACACACACACAGAGUAUUCAAAGGUCUUAAAGUAGUUGGUUUAAUAACAUGAAAACAAAAGUAGAAGAUAAUAUGGUAGAAUAAAAACCAUAAAUGAAGUUUCAGCGCUGAGUGGCUGCGAGAUAAAAGGUUUUGGGGAUGGCUGAUUAUUCUGUCCCCUGUGGACUAAUUACCACAGUUUCUCUCUCUAACCUUCUCCAGCCUAGUUACUGUGCCAAAUUUAGAGAAAAAGACAAAUUUUAUAACACCAUUUUAUAACACCAUUGUUAAAUUAGAUGUAAGAAUCAAGCAGAAAAAGGAAAAAUUAUGGGAAUCGUUUUAAGUGAGCAAAUCUAUUAAAAAAGGCCUAAUUUACACACAACGCAUAUGCAAAACGAAGUGAUUGCCUUUAUUUAGAAUCUUUAAAUCUUCCAUAAUUCAUAGUUUCAAGUAAAUAGGAGAAAACAGCUAUGAUUGACACAUACACAUGUUGAAUGCUUAGUUUCAUACUGUUCAUAUGAAGCAUCAGUAACAUAGGCAAUGUGAUACUGCUAGUCCCUGUCAUCCACCGUCACACACAAGCAGCGUCUGUUCGCAUCCUGCACACCAACACUCAGAUUUACUCCAAGCUUUACACACACACACACACACAAACACACACAGUGAAACAGCUGUUCAGAGCUUGACCUAAGCUACGUCUUGAUUACGUUCACUAUGAUGCAGUUACUACACUACCCUGGUGGAACCCACCUUGUACCAGUCCAAAUAGAGCAUGCAGGCCUCGCUCCCGUGAAGGAGAACCUAUUUUACUUCUCUUGGGUGUUUCUGUUUUGUUUUUUUUGUUUUUUUUAAUCACGGUAAUGAGGAGACUAGUCGCGAUUUAGCCUCUGAAGACUUUGAACACUUUGGCUCCUUGCGUUCUCACUUGCUGGUUGUCUUCUUGGCUUCGUCCGGCUCCAUGAGGCGAUUAGCGCUGAAGUGUGCGGCAGCGUGACUGAAAACAUGCAUUCCCGUUCGAGUCCAGAACAUUCCAUCUCACACUCAACCAACCUGAUCGAGGGUUUUCCACGGCCUCGUGCUUGCCGCAAAUUGAUUGGAUUUGUUUUUAAUCGCGCCGUGACGAACGUGGGUCUCGGUUUCCCAUCGGGGGCCGAUCGGGGUGCGAAUCUGGGCCCCGCCCACGCGUUGCCAUGACGCCACGAGGCCGCUCGGCGCCGGGCGCGGCCCACGCUCGUGCGGACUGGUUCUGGUUCUGUCUGGGCUCUAGACAAGAUGAGGCUCUUCACCACGUCUGCCUUCAUCCACGUGUAGGUGUGCGUUCACAUUUCUAGCACUGUAAGGUUCUAAAGGAGCUGGUGGAGUCAUGAGUUCAAACAGGGCCAUGCUUGCUAUUAGGAGGCAAAUAAAAAAGCUGUACUAGACAAUGUUUAUUUUGACAAACCAAAGAAGGGUUCAAAUCAUUUUAGUUUUAUGGAGAUGAUACGUUUUCUUACGUGUGUUUAGGGCUGGGUUGCUCCGCGUGCUUCUUUUUUCCUCUUUCGUGGCAGAGUGCUUGUGAAACGCAUCCUUUCGAUGACUUGUACUGGUUUUUGUGCUUCUGUUUAUUUGCCUGUUGUAGACCAAAAUCUAUGUUUUUGAGGCGAAAUGCGACAAACGCGUGAACAUGAAUCGGACGCAGUAGCCGUGAUGCUGAAGGUCACAGGUCAAAACAUGUACACGAGUGUAAAGCGUUGCAGUGUUCUGACUGAUCCUGGUCGCGUCGUCCACACGCGCACACACGUGGCAGAUGAGAAUAGUUCACCUUCACAAUGGGUUUGAUCUCAGUAGUUUGUCUGUUAUUUUGUUGUUGUAGAAUAUUUCUUGGUAUAUUGGCACUGUCUGAUAAUUUAAGAUUGUCCCGAAAAUACUAAUCUGACUUUGUGACUUAGAAACACAUUUAGCCAUUUAUACUUGAGAUGGACCAAGAUGUUUGAGUUUGCACAUAUUUGUAAGUUGUUAAUUAAGCCAAAAACAAAGAAAGAGAAUGACGAUACAAAACUUUGAGUCUCGACAAUUCAAGUCAAAUCAGACAUUAGUCGAAUAAAAGCAUCAGCCAACCACAAGAUGAAAAAAGACUGAAACCAAACUAUACGAAUUUCAAAAAUCCUGAAUGUGGUCCAAAUAUAUAUAAAAGUCAUUAGAUGAUAUAUUUUUGUAAUAACAGCAUCAUCAUCUGCAAGCAGAAUGUGAACCAUUUGGCAAACCCUGACAAUAUUUUAUUACUGUAUGCUCGACUUGUAGGUGAAUCUGCUGUAUAUUUUUCAUUCUGUGUUCAAAAUAGGAAAAUUUGAUUACUGUAAUUCGGGCAAUAUUUUGCACCUGCGACAAAGAAUUUCUCAAAUAUUCACCUAACAAAUCAAAAAUUACACGUGCCCUGAUAUAAAAGAAUCUUAGUGUUUUUUUUAUUGUUUUCAGGCUUGUUGCUGCCAUAUCAUGUAUUUAGAUGCUUUUGUAAACAUGCACUUGAGUUGAAAUAUGAGAUGUGCUUAUAAAUAUGUGUAUAUUUUGUUAGGCCUUUUUUUGCCUAUGUUAGCUUGAUAUAUUAUAUCAUUUCCCUAAAAAUAUUUCUCCUAUAUAGUUUUGAACUUGGCAGAAGUGGAGCUGUUGUAGUAAAGGUAGUUAACAUCACAACUAAGCAACCCUGAAAUAUAUGCUGCAGUAAUGUGUUUUCAGUUUGUUUUUGAUAAUUUAUGCUCCAAGUUGGUUUGUAUUUUAUUAUUAUUAUUGUUGUAUGAAACAAGCUUGUUUGAAAAUGUAUUGACUGCUGUUUUGAAAUAGGGGAUAAAGUUUUUUUUUUUUUUUCCUUUUCUUCUUUUUUUUUCAAAUGUAUGUGCACGUUUUUAUAAUAUGAUUUGUCAAACACUGGACUGGAGUGACUUUUCCAACAUUUCCAAGUUGAGAGAUGUAUUUGACAGACAUAACUGCACAGACGACACCCGUUAGCACAGAUGUGAGUUGACAGACGAAGCACAUCCUCCCAGCUGUACAGGGAGGGUGACUAACGCGGCCACCAUCCUCCCUUUCAAAGUACGAGUCAAUUGGAUGUAGGAAGCGAAGCGAGUGUGCUGGUUAAUUGCAUUCAGUAGGAAAUAUUUAUUAGGGUUUUCCUUCCAAAUUGCUGCAUGGCAUCGGCUGGUGACAGAUUUUUUUUUUCUUUUUUGAUAAAGAGAGCGCCUACUUACUCGGUGAGGAGAACGAUAAAGGGAUACCACUUCACAGCUUUCCAGUUCUAAAACUCACCUGCUAUGUUUCUGCUAUAGAAGAUCAGAUAUGACAGUUGACUCUCAUUACACCACCCACCACUUCUCAAACCAGAAAAGAGAUUUGCACUAGACUUAUUUUGGUCUUCUUCUAUCAAAAGCAAUAUAAUUCACGCAACACGUUUUUGGACCAUAGUAUCUGAUGGUUGUUUGCCCUCAGUGGGAAUGUUGAGCAAAUGGUUUUAUUUCUCUUUUUUUUUUUUCGUAUUUAAAGGUACAGAAUCAGUCGCCUUUUUUAAAUGUACAUGAACUCCACCUAUUGUUGUUCGUAGCAGGUUAUUUUUUUAGCCAGCAGUACCCUGAGUAUUAGUGUCCAGAUUUUGAGGGGCAUUAAAAACUGUUGUUUCCUCCUGUGAUUGCUUUGGACAAAUCAAGCAGCUGUUAAGCGAGGAAUGGGAUGUAUGAGGGAAGGAAUCAUUUCCCACCAGUCAAAACGUCGAUUGUCUUCACAUUCAAACAUAGAACACAGAUACCAAACGAUAAACCCAACACAUGUCGGAUGUCACACAGGAAACCAUACGAGGAAAAACAAGCUCAUCACCUUCAGUUCUGUAAACAGCAACACUGGCUGCUCACCAUGAGUCACCGUUUGUCAAGCCGGUCAUUCACAACAGCCGUAAUUAUUGACCUUAAAAUCAUUAUUUUGUUGAUGGAUACGUGUAAAAUUUCCAAUAGUUCACACACACAAGCAAACCUUCACCAUCUUACCUGGAUGUAGUAGCUUUCCUGUUUUCACCGCUUUGUGGUGUUGUUGAAAGAUGUGGCGGUUUGUCUAAAUAUGUUGCGUGUUAGAGGAAGCAUAAGUAUGUGCCUUCUUGUAAUCUCCUUGGUGAGCUUGUUAUUAUUGAGAAGCUGAAGCCAGCCAAUUGUGUUUGCACUAAAACCAAAUUGCUUUUUGUGAUGUAGACUAUUUAAGCAAGCUUGUUGCGUCACUUUAACCGUACAGUAUGCAUGAGGGUGAAAUUGGUGAGUCUAGGGCUAGAGCUCUCAUCUGUUGAUCUGUAAACCAGUGCAGCUUAGAGGAUCUUGUGAAUAUAUCUUGGCUUAGUUUCGCAUUCAGUUUUCAGUUCCAUCUCCUUACUCAUCGAGUUUGUCACAGUUUCGACAGUUGAAAAAAAAGAAAAACGAAAAUGGAAAAAAAAAAGCAAAUAACACAUACCAUGAAAACAAUACAGCUUUUACUUUCACAUGCCACAGUUAGAGUUACACAACGGCAGUAGAGAUGUUAAUUUCUCUCAAUCCAUGGGAAUGCAUGAGUAUACGAGGUCGCCUCAAGACUAUUGGUCAAAUCGAUCUAGGGUGUUCUUUUGGAAAAUUGUAUUUAUUACAUAAUUUGUUGACAUCUGAGAAAAGGCCUACAUGCUUUUGAGUCUUACAAAUGCACCUUAUUCAUGUCAGUCCACGUGGGAAAUAAAAAAAAAGGCUGGCAAUGUAAUAGCUCUGAUUUAGCACCUUACUACACAGCAUGUUUUCACUUUAUGCCAGUUUAGCUAUUCUUCCAUAUGUAUGAUUUCAAAAAUAAAUCUCCUAUUCAGUGAAAUUGUUUCAUGGGAUGUGCCAAAGUUUGGAGGCGAUCUCCCAAGUGUUUAUGCUUAUCAUUUUCUUUUCCUCCUCCUUCAGUUAUAGCAAUGGUAUGUCAAAACUUUCCUAUAACAGUGUGUGGAAUCAAUUUAUCUCAGCAAACAGUAUCAUUACUUGCCAUUUUACAAUAAGCCCUGUAUUUCACAUAUAUUUACCAGUGAUGUGUAUUUGUUAUUAUAAAGAAAAUAGCCGUAAAAGCUUCAUUAUGUUACAUAAUAUUGUGACUUUUUUCGAAAAACUGUGAAGACUUAUCUUGCAUAUACUUUAUACAGAAGUAUUAAGCCUUAAUACAAAAGACUAAAAAAAGUGUGGAAGAAUAAACUGAUUGUUGCUAAGUAAGGAUGAUUUUUGUAAAUGUUACCAGCACUUUUUUUGUAAUUUUCACUCUCUGAGGUAUUGUACAAGUUCAAGCUGUUUGUGAAGUUUGAUUAUGAAGGAAUAAAAACUAGUACUUUCCUGUACUUCACAGAAA